GCUUAAACGCCCGGAUAGCAAUAAUCACUAUGACUGUGGUGUGGAAUGACUGCGUUGCUGCUCGCCUUGUUUGUCCUUUUUUGUGUCUCUCACAGCAUGAAAGAACUCAAUUGUAGCUUCUACGAUCAAUCCUGCGAGAGAAACGAGUCCGUCGAAGGCCUAGACUGUAGUUCGAACGUGCGGACGUGCGUCUUCAAGCAGCCGAUAUGUCAAAUACAUUUCAGAGUCGACGCCGACGGCUCACACAUUGUGUGGAAGAAAGAUUGCGUGGAUGGCUCCUGUUGCGACGUUCACUGCCUCGACGAGUCUCUACAUUUGCCGACGAACUCUUGUGUAUACGUCUCGGAAGAUUCGGAGGAUUAUUACUGUUGCUGUGCGAGCAACAUGUGCAAUAUGAAAAUUGGUCCGCCAUUGUGGACACCCACUGUACAGAGUGAGCAACCGACUUCGCACUAUAUAUGGCCUCGGUUAACAUCUAGCAUGCCGUCACCGUCGUCUGGUUUGUUUCCUGCUGACAGUAAGAGGAAGACGAUUGUGAUAGGCAUAGCAGGAACGAUUUCGGGAGCGAUCAUCGUGAUUGUCGUCGUCUUGUCUGCGUUCUCAUGCUGGUGCUGGUGUCGUACAUGGCAAGAGGAAGAGGAACCAGAGCAUGACAAUGAUAAAGUGAAAGACUUAGAAUUUGGUGGAGCGAGUGAACUCGAUGGAAAAACGUUUCUCGAUCAUGCAGCUGUCGAUCUCAGCUCAUUGAGUCUAAUUGAAAAAAUCGGGGCCGGCCGCUUUUCCGAGGUCUGGAAAGCGUCUCUGUGUGAAGAUCUGGUUGCUGUGAAGAUUUUUAAGGAGAAGCACAAGCGAUCGUGGACGGCCGAAAAUGACAUAUACACGAAACCGGAGAUAAAGCAUCAUAAUGUGCGGGCAUUUAUUGCCGCUCGGCAUCAACCGAGUGAACAUCCCGGUGAUUACUGGAUUGUCUUUGAUUUCCAUGAGUUUGGGUCGUUGACGGACUAUCUCAGAGCGAACGUAUUGACGUUAGACGAAGUAUGCAGGAUGGCGGGAUCCAUUGCAGGUGGAUUGGCGUAUCUUCAUUCGGAGAUUCCGUCUUCGAGUGGUGCGAAACUGGCAAUCGCUCAUCGGGAUAUGAAGAGCAGAAACGUGUUGGUGAUGAACGACAGGACGUGCUGCAUAUGCGACUUGGGAUUGAGCAUUAAAUUUCAGCCAGGGAUGAGUCUGACGGAAGCAAAAGCACAAGUUGGUACGGUGAGGUACAUGGCACCGGAAGUUCUCGAAGGAGCAAUUUCGUUCAGUCGAGAGUCAUUUCUCAUGAUCGACGUGUACGCCUUGGGUCUAGUCAUAUGGGAACUGCUGUCACGAUGCAUCGCCACAGGUGUCGUCUUCGAGUAUAAGCAACCAUUUGAAGACGAGAUUGGUCUUCAGCCGACCAUCAAGCAGAUGAGAGAAGUUGUCGUGGCACGUAGAAAGAGACCGAAAUUUGUCAACAGAUGGGAUUGCGACGAGUCUCUGCAUUGCUUGAUGGAGACGGUCGAGGAAUGUUGGGAUCACGAUGCUGAGGCUCGUCUCACCGCCCAGUGCAUCAAAGAGCGUAUAAACUGGUGUGUGAAAUUGAAGCCGACUCACACAUCACAGCAAGAGACAAGCGAGACGUUAGAAUCAUCGACGCUUCGAAAUGAUGAAAUCGAGGCACAGAGCCGAGGUCACACAGAACGACGAACCGAGCAGGUGAAUAAUGAGCAAACAGUCACGGUUUGUAAUGCACGUAGCGAGUCAUCAAAAGCACACGAAGUCAGUGAAGCAAUUUAUUCGUCUGGUUUAGAUGGAAUGACUCCAGAUCAACAAGCUGUAUUGUCUAUAGAAAAUAAUGAAUGUGAAGGUGUUGUAAGAUAUCUACAUUCCGAUUAACUGGACAGAGUAGUGGCAAUUGUACAUUAGCAGUGUAGCAGGGUUAUACGUAGCGCGCGUUAUUGUCACGUGCUGUUGUAUUUAUACGCACGCGCAUUGAUGUGUUUGUGCA